UUGGGCGCGACCGCCAUUUUCAGAACUUCGCGAGUAUCUGCGCAUGUAACCGGCGCGCCACGGAGAACAAUCACCAUCAUCAUCAUCAAUCCCUUCUUCCCACUCUUCUCCUCCUCCUCCUCUCCCAUCAAUUCCUUGCGUUCAGCCACCGCAGGCUUCUUCCGAACAAACGACACAAUGGGGAACGUCGUCACCUCCUCGGCACCGCCACCGCCGAUGGUUCUCGUCCCUCCGCUCUUCGACUUCCCGCCUCUCGCCGCCCGCAACAGGAUGCUGGAGUCGUCGUACAACUUGUUGUUUGGGAAGCUGGCUUUGAAAUGCCUGUUCGAGGAUUAUUUCGAGGAAGCCAAGCAUUUCACCACCAUGAUCAUGCUGAAGCCAAUUGACGAUCCUCAUGUGGAUUUGAUUGCAACUGUUUCAGGGCCAUUGGACCACAAGCCUGAGGAGAAUGUUGACGGAAGUGCAUUUUUCCGCUGGCAAAGCAGUGAUGUGCAUGAUCCUCAUACAUUCAUGGACAUCUAUGCAUCAAACUCUGAUCCUAUUCUACGACUGAGAUCAUGUGCUUUCUAUCCGAGAUUUGGAGUGGGAGCGUUCGGUAUAUUGCCCUUAUUAUUGAGGAAGAGAGUUGCUUCUGAAGAUUAUGGAGUCAUGGGACUGAGAUAUGGCUCCGAGUGCUUAUCAAUUGGAGCCACCGUGUUGCCUUUUGCUUUGCAAGAGGAGUUGCCAAAGAAUGCAUGGUUAGUAAGCAAGAUCGGAAGGUUGUCUCUUGGAGUACAGUAUGAGCCUCAGUUUGGUAGUGUGAAUGGUGCCAAGUACAAGAAUCCCAGGAACUGGAGUGCCGCACUUGGAUAUGGAGUAGGAUCAGCGAGCCCCAUAAGUCCUUCCUUUAAUUUUGGUCUUGAACUUGCUCAAAGUUCCCAGUUUAUUGCCUCGUUCUAUCAACAUGUGGUGGUUCAGAGACGUGUGAAGAAUCCAUUUGAAGGAAAUGAAGUAGUUGGAAUCACAAAUUAUAUCGACUUCGGAUUCGAGUUGAAGACAAGGAUCGAUGAGGCGAAAGUGUCGAAAGAUCUACAAGACUCCACCUUCAAUGUUGCUGCAUCCUGGCAGGCCAAUAAGAAUUUCCUUCUUAAGGCAAAGAUUGGUCCCUUGGCCUCAUCUGUUGCAUUGGCAUUCAAAUCAUGGUGGAAACCUUCAUUUACCUUCAACAUUACAGCUACCAGAGAUCGAAUGACUGGAAAAACAGGAUACGGUUUUGGCAUCCGUGUGGAAAACCUCCGAGAAGCCAGCUACCAACGAGCGGAUCCAAAUUUCGUAAUGCUGACACCAAGCAAAGAGCACUUAGCAGAAGGCAUCCUUAAGAACGGGAAUCGACCCAUGUUGCAAGCUGAUGUCAACUCUGGUAACUACGAAGGCCUGCCCAGAGAAAUGAGACCUUAUGGCAAGAUUCUAUAG